AUGGAUCAAGAAAUCCCUUAAAAUUAAUAAUAACAUAGAUGGAACUUUAAUCUCUUAAAAGUAGAAGAGGAUACCUUGAUAGCUAAUUAAGAUCAUUACUUCUUUGAUAUGAACUUUAUGAUUUUACCAGAUAUUUUGGAUAAAAUCACAAUUGAAUUGAAUAUAAAUCCUGAAGUGAUAUCACCUUAAGAAUAUUAACAGGAAAGAAAGAAAUUAUUAUUUACAAUGUUAAAAUAUGAUAUUGGUUUAGAUAUUUUAAUCAAAUUACUAUAUAGGCGGGAUUAAUCACCAUUAAAUGGUUAUUUUUACUUGAAAACACUUGAAGAUGUGGCUCAUAUAAUAUAUGAGAUGCAGAAUGAAUUACUUGAUUUAGCAAUAGAAUAAAAUCAAUUUUAGAAAUAGAUAUCAAAUCGUAUUGUGAAACUCUUUAACUCAAUUUUAAGUAUAAAAUUUAUUUAAAAAAAAUAGAUAGAAAAAAAAAGGAAAUCAAUAAAUUACCUCCUUCUAAUAUUGCAUAAAGAGAUUUUGAGAAUUUAUAAUAGAAAUUUAGUAAAAUAAAUGAUAUAAAUUGUGUAUUGAGAAACUUUGAAUUUUAUAUAUAGAAUUGGAAAUAUAUUUUUGAAUAUUUGAAUGAAGAUAAAAAUAAACUAUUAAGAAAGGUUAUUCUUUGUAAGACAGAAAUAUAAUAGAUGUUAUAAGAAGAAUCAUAAAAAUAAUUAUUAAAAAUGAUGUCAGAAUUAACAAUUUAUCAAUAAGAAUUAAUAAUAACAUACAUUUAAUAUACUUAAGAAAUUUAAGAAAUAGAUAUUGUAAGAGGGAAAUAUGUUUAGCUUUAUUAAGCAAUAUUAUUAAUGGAUAAAGAUCCAAUAUAAUAAUUUCCUAAUAUUGUUAAACUAAUGAUGUUAUAUUAUUUUGAGAUUGAGAAUUGGAAAUUAUUAGUAAUUGAAGAAUUAAUGGAAUUACAUUAAGAAUAAAAUGCUUAUGAAUUAUUAUUAGCAAGUAAGAUUGAUUGGAAUUGUCUAAGCAAUAGUGACAUUAUUAUUAAAUUAUUGAUAGCAUCUAAAANAUUUACUUCAUUAACAGGUUUAGAUUUUAUUUCCAUUUUUUGA